GACCCCUUUCAUUGCUAUUCAUUCUAUUAGGUAAUAGACAAUUCAGAGUAUGCUACCCCAAUUGUACUUGUCUGCCCUCUUCCCGGUAGGUGUAUAGCAAGCAGCAAGCUAUCCAAGAAAUCAGGCUAUGACUUAGGGAAACAGGGAGAAUAGCAUGGUGUCAUUGGAGUAGCAUAUUAUGUGUCAUUGCGGGCUGGAUUCUCGACCACCACUGGCGCCGCCUCACCGUUCGUCCACGUCCGGCGCCAGCAUCCAGCGCCCCCCGUCGGAGAGAUCUGUCGAAGGUGAGGAGGAAGAUAAUGCGAGGCCGCGACUUGGUGAGCUCGAGACGGGGAAUGGCCGGGAAAGCUUGAAUCAGACGGCGGCGGUGACGGUGGUGAUGGGUGUCGGGAACAGGGUGAUGUAUAAGCUAGCGUUGGUUCCUUUGAAGCAGUACCCUUUCUUUCUGGCUCAGACUGGAACCCUAUAUCUUGGUCAUCAUCUCAUGCUCCACAAACCAGCUGUCGAUUUGCUUUACAGAACUCAGAAGCAUGCUUGUGUUAGAUUGAAUCGAUCACUAGAUGUGUGUUUGGUUCUCUCGCCAGUUCCUUCUCCUAUUUGUCAUACACAUGACUUCAUUAUCAAUGUUUCUGGUACCAUGACCAUAGUAACUGUUUCACUAUUUGGUGGCUUCAUCAUUUCACAACUUGCGCAACAAUUGCUUCUAAAUUCAAGGACAAAACGACAAGACAGUGCAGAACAAGAUGGUACACUUACUUGAAUUCUGACUUCAAAAAAGGAGGAUGGACUUAUGAGGUCUGCAGAUGACACCAAUUAGUGUUUAACUUAACAUUUAGCAUAUCUGAUUAAAUGUGACUUUUGAGCUAAUUUCUUGCUAUUAACAAGAAGCUUACUUUCCAACAAGACCAUAAUACAGAUACAACAUCAGAAUCUGCAAUACUUGAGAAGAUGAGGUCUUUUGUUUGAAGCAAAACAAUGGACUUCUUUACUAGAGACAUAAAUGAGGAAUCUCUCCUUAGAUGUCCAUUCUUAAGGAACAUCAAUGAGCCUACUAGCUUCUUAUUCUCUUCACCGUUGGCUUUCUCAAUGCCUGUGCGUGGAGGUGGAGCUAAAGGUCCAAUUUUUGAAGAUAUAUGGUCUGAAUUUUGAUUUGGCAUUUAGGCUUUUCCAUUGGAGUGAUUUAAGAUAAAUGGGUUGGAGUGGUCUGAUGAGGGUGUUAUUUGGGUAAUAUGUGGGUUGGAGGGGUAAGUGUUGUAUCUGUUUUGUUCUUUUCUAUUUUUUCUUUUGUUCUUCUCUUUAUUGUAAUGGGUUGGGGCACCCCUUGUACUUCCCAUUAAUAGACAUUUGACUUAUCUAAAAAAAAAUGUAUAAUUUCCACAUACGGAUUGUUGAACUGUUUAUUGUAUAGUGCUUAGUUCUGCUUCA